GAAAAGSGGGGUUCAGGAACCGUCUUUGUCCUCACCCAGUAGUUCAGCUCACACGCAACUGGAGCAGCUCGGAACCUCCUCGAUGGGAAAGAAGGAAAAACAAAACUGAAUGGCUUGAUCUCGAACGUGGAGGGCGCUUUGAGAAAGAGAAAACGGAGAAAAAGCUCCAAGAAAACCGACAACUUUAAGGAGACGAACUGAAGGAUUGACAGCUUCCCUGUCUCGCAAGCAAAAUGAGCUGGAGCUUCCUCACACGUCUGCUGGACGAGAUUUCCAACCACUCCACCUUCGUGGGUAAAAUCUGGCUCACGCUCCUCAUCGUGUUCCGCAUCGUGCUGACGGCGGUGGGCGGCGAGUCGAUCUACUACGAUGAGCAGAGUAAAUUUGUGUGCAACACGCAGCAGCCCGGGUGCGAGAACGUGUGCUACGACGCCUUUGCGCCGCUCUCGCACAUCCGCUUCUGGGUGUUUCAGGUGAUCAUGAUCACCACGCCGACCAUCAUGUACCUCGGCUUCGCCAUGCACAAGAUCGCCCGCAUGGACGACGACGACUACGGUUCCCGGCGCAGGAAGAAGAUGCCCAUAGUGAGCCGUGGAGCCAACAGAGACUAYGAGGAAGCGGAGGACAACGGAGAGGAAGAUCCCAUGAUCCAAGAGGAGAUCGAACCGGAAAAAGAAAAGGAAGUUGCAGAGAAUCCCAAAAAGAAGCACGAUGGGCGACGUCGCAUCAAAAGGGAUGGUCUGAUGAAGGUCUACGUUUUCCAGCUGCUAUCGCGUGCAGUUUUUGAGGUCUCCUUCCUGUUUGGGCAGUAUGUUYUGUACGGGAUGGAGGUGGCGCCGUCGUAUAUUUGCACACGCUCCCCUUGCCCGCACACAGUGGAUUGCUUCAUCUCUCGUCCGACCGAGAAGACCAUCUUCCUGCUCAUCAUGUAUGGCGUCAGCGCUCUGUGCCUGCUCUUUACCGUCCUGGAGAUCAUCCACCUUGGCGUUAGUGGAAUCCGCGACUGCUUCUGCACGCCACGGUCUCAGUCUUCACCAUCUCGUCAAUCGGCCCUAGCCAGCCAGAGGUCCUCCAUCUCCCGUCAGCCCUCGGCACCCCCAGGCUACCACACGGCUCUGAAGAAAGACCCGUCUGGGAAAAUGGGCUUCAGGGACAACCUGGGCGACUCGGGCCGCGAGUCCUUUGGAGAYGAGGCGUCGUCUCGGGAGCUGGAGAGGCUUCGCAGACACUUAAAACUGGCCCAGCAGCAUCUGGAUUUGGCGUACCAAAAUGAGGAAGGCAGCCCGUCRCGCAGCAGCAGUCCGGAGUCGAACGGCACUGCAGUGGAGCAGAACAGACUAAACUUUGCCCAGGAGAAGCAGAGUAGUACCUGCGAUAAAGGUCUCCGUGCGUAGGCUCUCAACAGCUAAGUGAUCAAAAGAGGAGCAGUGAGGACAAAAGGGAAAUGAGCAGGGAGUGUGUCUGURUGAUUGUGACUCUGUGGCGUCACUUGAGGUAUAUGAAGACAGCCCAAGCCUUCCAGUGUUACGGCCAGCCGUCGCCGAGCAUCAUCAAAAAAUAACCAACACGAAGUGAUCGUUUCAGCUCAGCAAAACUCGAGACGACAGCCUGUCUGAAGACCCAAAGUGCUUUCUGCCUUCCAUCGUGAAACAAGAAUGGUUGACGUAUUUCUCCCUCAGGGCAGCUAUAUUUUUAUAUAAAUAUAUACGGAUAUUUUAUCAUGAGACUUCUAGUUAUUUUAUUCCUUUUGGUCAUCUGUUUGAAGUUUAGUUUGUGAGCCUUAGAUUUAAACUGGAAUUCCUUCUUUUAUUGUGUUUUUAAGGUAAGACCAAGCCAAUUUUUAUAUAUUUUUACUUUUUGGAGUUUUGUACUUUGAGAGAAAGUGAGUGGGUGAUAUUAGGAGCAAAUAAACAAACAAGGCACCGCUUUUGGAUGAAAGGUACUAGGCUUGUUGUCUUGCKUAUGAAGACUUAACAAGGUAAUUGUCACAUAAGGGCUUCUUUAAGUGUGUUUUUAUUUUGUUUGGCGCUUCACAAUUCUAGGACUUGUGAGUCGCAGGGUUUUUAGCUUGGAGAGCUAAUCCUGGGUCUGAUGGAACACAUUGGAAUAUAAACAGUUUACCUGCUCUGGGCAGAUUCAUUUCAUGGAAAAUGUCAGCCUCUUCUGUUGUGUUCCUGUGUAGUUAUUUUUUUUUCCCAAUGAGCAUCAUGAGUCUCCGAUUCUUAGCAGAGAAACACUUUCCUCCAGCGUACUCAUCAGUACACUAAAGUGAACUUAUUUUAGAGUUGGUACCUUUUUAUUCCAUUAUUUUAAAAAAAACAGCAGCAUUUUCCUCUUCCAUUUUAGGAUGAGACAACUUCACUGCAUUCCUUUUACAUUUUUCCUUGCGUUCCUUUAAGAAAACUAUACAAAUUUUGAUAGAACUGCCUUGUUUUUGUUGUGGUUUUGAUAAGCUCUUUAGUGGUCACAAUUGGUGGGCUUUUUUUUUUCCUUAUUCUUGGCUGCUACAGUGAUUCUCCAGUUUUUAUGUAUUUUGUAAAUGUGUUUAGCAUAGCAUUUUUUUUCUUGAGAAAUAUGCAGCUGCAGAUCCAUAURGGAUGGGUUGUAGCGCUGACACUGCUUCUUUCACAUGUGCUUGUAUUCUUAGCUUAUCAGUUUCUGUGCUGUAGUUGGAGUUUAAGCUGGUUAUUGUGCGAUAAUGCGGCUGUGUUGAACCUACUUCAUAGUGCAGGCCUCUUGAUGGUAACUGGAACACACUUGAGGUGCCUUUGUCCAAAGGAACAAACCUGGGUAAUGCUUGAAGAAAAAACCUCUUAAUAAUGUCUUUAUUAUUUUUAAAUGUUUGUUACUGUUCUUUAUUUUUAUAUCUUAAGUAUUGUUAUGCUCUCUUCACUGUAGCAGAUUAUUAUUUUUAUUUUACUUGGAUGAUAUUCACUAUAAUCUGUUACCUGGAACUGGAAUUUGAGUGUACUGGUGUGUUUUGAACAGGGUUUGGUACAGGUUUAAGUGCAGCAGUUUUUUUUUCAUUGCUAAUCUGUUGCUCAUUUUCUAAGGUACUAUUUAAGUGUUUACUUUUUCAGCUCAUGCUUGUUCUGUUCAGUUAGCUGAAUUGAUGUUCCUGUACCAGGUUUAUUAUCUGAAAGUGCUGAUUUCUGAAGUUUUUGCUCCAGAUUUUAAAUGGUUUAAAAACAAAUCAUUUCAAUGUGAAUUUAAUGCCUUGAGUGCACUCUUAAGAUGCCAUCUUUUGUAUUCUGACGCCUACCUACAGUGCCAUUUUUACCAACUCAAAUAAUGUCAUCUCAGAUAUUUUUGACCAACGUUUUUGUACUUUUUUA